CCCGGGUCAAAAAGCCUUUCUGUUUCUGAUUCGCUUGGUUCCGGCCGGAGUAAAAUGCUGUAUCCAUUUGCACAGCUAAGCGCAAUGACAAAGCCUUCCAGCCGGAGCAGAUAUGCAUCUGCAUCAACAGAUGGAAAGCCUAUGCCCGAUCCAGCGUCGUAAAUCUAUAUCAUGGCCGUUCAUUCUAAAGAACGUCGUUCCAUUCAACCCGGUUAAAAUAGAAGCAAUCGAUUAUUAUUUUCACCGUCAAAAUGGGCUCCAUUAACCAAACUACGAUGCUCAAGGCUCCCUUCCCGUCGCCAACGCAAAAGUGGCACGACAAUACAUACCCGGCCUUAUCACCUACACGCCCUGAGCUCUCCGCCAAGGGCAAGACCAUUGCCAUUACAGGCGGCGGUACGGGAAUUGGCGCCGAAACCGCCGUCCAGUUUGCUGCUGCUGGUGCUGCUCGCAUUGGCAUCUUUGGCCGCAGAGAACAGCCCCUGCUUGCAACAAAGGCGUCCAUUGAGAAGCGCUUCCCAGGCGUCGAGGUGUUUGCUGCCUCCGCCGACGUAACUAACAAGGACCAAGUGGACGCUGCGUUUGCCAGCUUCCUUGGCGACUCCAAACUUGACGUGGUCAUCAGUGCGGCAGCCAAGAUUGGACCUACGGCUUCUGUCCAGGACGCAGACGGUGAUGAAUUUAUCGAGGCCGUCAAUGUCAACCUGAAGGGCGCCCUCUUCACGGCGCAGGCCUUCCUUCGUUAUGCCUCCAAAAACGCCGUCGCCGUCAACAUUUCUUCCUCUGCCGCGCAUUUGAACUUUGGCCCAGGCUUCGCUUCGUACAACUGCUCCAAGAUCGCCGCCUUUCGCCUCUGGGACUCCCUUGCCUUUGUAAACUCCGACUUGAGUGUAUUCCACGUUCAACCUGGCGUCGUCGACACCGAGAUGAAUAGGGAAGCGGGCGGUGUCAAGGCAGUUGGCUUUGAAGAUCAUGUAUCUCUACCUGCAACAUUUAGCGUCUGGUUAGCGGGCCCCGAGGCGCGCUUCUUGAAUAGAAAGUUCCUGUGGGCAAACUGGGAUGUGGAUGAGCUCAAGACACGAGAGAAGGACCUUGGCGCGACAUUCGACCUCACGCUUGUUGGGUGGCCGUUUGCGAGCAACGGCUGGGAGGCUGGCUGGAGCAUGUAACGUUGUUAAGACAGAGCCAGGUGGACUAGGUAUGCUUUUUACCGCUUCUUCUUAUUCCUUUCAAAAAAGCUAAAAUAAGGUACUGGAAUUAACAAGAUGAACAUAACAGCAUUCUUUUUCGCAUAGAUAAGAUCGGCACAUCAGCAGCCUUCGGGGUGGGCUAAGAAGUCACUCUAUUUGCUUCAAUGACGUCCUUUAAGUAAAUAUGUUCUUCUAUCCAGUACAUUUACUAUUUGGCUAAGUAGUGGCACUGUUACACAAACGAGUUGUCCUGGGAGCCGGAGUUAUGUCAUCUCCUCAAACCUUGGGGCAAGGUCGCCAUUCAAUAUGGAACUCCACAGUGAGAUUUCCAUUGAUGUGAUCAACCUGUUCAUUCAUUAAUACAAGGAGCUGUGAGUAUCGUAAGACAUCAACUUACAGCAAUGAGCGCCGGCUUGCCGGUGGGAGAGA